GCUUGGGCGGAAGUGGCGGGGCAGGGACGGAGGUGGCUCCCCCCGCCUGAGGUCGGCGCGGUCCGGGGAGGGACCGGCGGACUGUGCAGGUGGUGUGCAGCAUGGCUGUGCCUGCUGUCAGAGCGCUCACUGGUGUUCUCAGAAAGCCAGAUGCCUGGGUCGGAGUCUGGGGCGUGCUUCACGGGACAGCCUCACACCAACUGUGUGCUUCCUGGAAUCGAUACUUAUAUUUUUCUAGUACCAAGUUAAACACAUCAAAUUAUAAAACGCUUUUCCAUAACAUUUUCUCUCUGCGACUCCCAGAGCUCUUAGUAUCUCCAGAAUAUAUUUUUCCAUUUUCCGUACGACUCAAAAGCAAUAUAAGCUCCAGAAAAUCCACUAAAAAGACUCUGCAAAAAGAUGCAGAUGAAGAGGACUCUGACGAGGAAACCAGUCACCCUGAGAGGAGUGAGCUGGAAGAGGGGCUCGAGGAGGAGCCCAGUGUGGUCAAGGACUACAAAGACCUGGAAAAAGCAGUACAGUCUUUCCGGUAUGACGUCAUCCUCAAGACAGGCCUGGAUAUUGGGAGAAACAAAGUAGAAGAUGCAUUCUACAAAGGUGAACUCAGACUGAACGGGGAGAAAUUAUGGAAGAAAAGCAGAACGGUGAAGGUGGGAGAUACACUAGACCUCGUCACUGGAGAGAACAAAGAGACAGGAACUGAGGUGGUGAUGCGCAUUCUCCUGAAAAGCCUCUGUGAAGAGAAGACAGAAAGUGACAAGUACCGAGUGGUGUUGCGAAGGUGGAAGAACUUAAAGCUGCCCAAGAAGACUGCAUCUAAAUGAACGCCGCUUCUGCACACGGUUGUAGAGAAGGCGCAGCAUAAAAGGACAUUCUUACUGAAAUAAAGUUGUCAUGUCACCUGUGCAAUCACUGGAGCCUUUUGUGGAAGCUGGGGUCUGUGGGUUUCCCUCCUGGGCUGGGCUGGUGCUCCCUGAGCCCUGGCGUUGUGAGAGCCCCCAUGACCUGUGCAGACCAGGCCAGAGAGGACACUAGAGCCUGCCUGCCAUCUCCCAUAUUAACUACCUCAGGAGUCACUGUAAAAUAAAUUGGCCUUGGUUUUUUGUGGGGUUUUGUUUUAUAGU